AUGGAUGAGAAGAGGAAGAUCUAUCUAUCUAUCUAUCUAUCUAUCUAUCUAUCUAUCUAUCUAUCUAUCUAUCUCCUUCUGUUCCAAUCUAUCUAUCUAUCUAUCUAUCUAUCUAUCUAUCUAUCUAUCUAUCUAUCUCAGUCUGUUCAUUAUCUAUCUAUCUAUCGUAGUCUGUUCAAUUACCUACCUACCUCCCUACCACUCAAUCUAUUUCAUUCUGUUUAUAUCUAUCUAUCUAUCUAUCUAUCUAUCUAUCUAUCUAUCUCAUUCUACGCCAAAAUUGCGGUGCAAUUAUACCCCGCUACGAUGUGUCGUUUGGCGCAGACCCCAGAAGAUAGGCGACACGGUCGGCAUACGACAGCAUAUCUAUCUAUCUAUCUAUCUAUCUAUCUAUCUAUCUAUCUCAGUCUGUUCAUUAUCUAUCUAUCGAAGUCUGUUCAACUACUUACCUACCUACCUAUCAAUCAAUCUACCUCAUUCUGUUCAUAUCUAUCUAUCUAUCUAUCUAUCUAUCUAUCUUAG